AUGCGUCGCGCAAUCUCUCGCGGCCUGGGUGCUUCCAGCCGAUCUACUCCCGCCCUUUCUCGAUCCUCUCUCCUCGCCUCAUCUAACAUCACAAGCGGCGCAUCUCACGUCGCUGCCAGGCGCAUUCAUGCGACAAGCAAGCAGCUUCAGCCUGUGACGGCUGCCCUGGCCUCAACCGCUAGCAGCUAUCCUACCACUCACGCAAAGGUCGAGGCGGUCGAUACUCCUUACUUCAUCGACAACAAGUUUGUUUCGUCCUCGACCGAUAAGUACAUCGACUUGCACGAUCCUGCUACCAACGAGCUCGUUACUCGCGUCCCUCAGAUGACCGACGCUGAGAUGAAGGCUGCUGUUGCAAGCGCCGAGAAGGCCUUUAAGUCAUGGAAGAACACGACUGUCAUCUCUCGACAGCAGAUCAUGUUCCGGUUUGUCCAGCUCAUUCGUGAGAACUGGGACCGCCUCGCUGCUAGUAUUACUCUCGAGCAAGGCAAGACCUUUGCUGAUGCCAAGGGUGAUGUCCUUCGUGGCCUUCAAGUCGCUGAGGCUGCUAUCGCCGCUCCAGAGCUUCUCAAGGGUGAGGUCCUUGAAGUCUCCAAGGAUAUGGAGACCCGAACCUACCGUGAACCCCUGGGUGUCACCGCUGCUAUCUGCCCCUUCAACUUCCCUGCCAUGAUUCCCCUUUGGUGCAUCCCUAUUGCCACCAUCACUGGAAACACCCUCAUACUUAAGCCUUCUGAGCGUGACCCCGGUGCUGCCAUGAUCAUUGCCGAGCUUGUCCAGAAGGCUGGCUUCCCCGAGGGUGUUGUCAACAUCAUUCACGGCGCCCACCGCACUGUCGACUUCAUCCUCGACGAGCCCGCUAUCAAAGCGAUCAGCUUCGUUGGUGGUAAUAAGGCCGGCGAGUAUAUCUUCAGCCGUGGUUCCGCCAAUGGCAAGCGUGUUCAGGCCAACCUGGGCGCCAAGAACCACGCCGUUGUCUCUCCUGAUGCCAACAAGAACCAGUUCAUCAACUCCAUUACUGGUGCCGCUUUCGGUGCUGCCGGUCAGCGCUGUAUGGCUUUGAGCACUCUUGUUAUGGUUGGCGAGACCAAGGAGUGGCUUAACGAGGUCGCCGAGCAAGCCAAGCAUCUCAACGUUAAUGGUGGCUUUGAGGAGGGCGCUGAUCUCGGUCCCGUGAUCUCCCCGCAGAGCAAGGAGCGUAUCGAGAAGCUCAUUGAGUCUGCCGAGAAGGAGGGCGCUACUAUUCUUCUUGAUGGCCGUGGCUGCAAGCCCAGCAAGUACCCUAACGGUAACUGGGUUGGCCCUACCAUCAUCACCAAUGUCACACCUGACAUGACCUGCUACAAAGAGGAGGUCUUCGGCCCGGUCCUUGUCUGCCUCAACGCAGAGUCCAUUGAUGACGCUAUCGACCUUGUUAACAAGAACGAGUAUGGUAAUGGUACUGCUAUCUUCACCAGGUCUGGUGCUACUGCCGAGACCUUCCGCAAGAACAUUGAGGCUGGUCAGGUAGGCAUCAAUGUCCCUAUCCCUGUCCCUCUGCCCAUGUUCUCUUUCACUGGUAACAAGAAGUCUAUUGCUGGUGGCGGUGCCAGCACAUUCUACGGAAAGCCUGGCAUCAACUUCUACACUCAGCUCAAGACUGUAACAGCUCUAUGGCAGAGUGCGGAUGCCGUUGCUAAAAAGGCUGAUGUCUCCAUGCCUACCCAGCAAUAA